AUGGAAGAUGCAGUACUUGUUGUCAGCCACGUCCUCAAGUUCUUCGUAUCAGUGAUUGCUUUCUUCGUUGCACUGGCAGGAGCUCUUCAUGUCAGGAAUUAUAUCAUUUCUAGCGCUAAAACAGUUCUCAAAAUUUUAAAUGGAAUUUUUGAAAUUUGUCAGGAAUGGAACUCACUCAUGCAACAUCAGCGGCGACUGACACCACUGCAGCUUCUUCGUGAGAAUCAGGUUCAGAAAAAGCCGGAACCAGGGUCUUCGAAGUUGUUAACUUUUGAAAUUGUGGCUGAGUCGAUGACGUUGGUGAUGUCGCUACUCGCCUGUCUCUGCUCCCUCUACUCAUUCUUCCUCGUCUGCUCAAUCAAGAAGCACAUGAAAGCAUUUGCAGCCAACUUCAGGGCGUCGAAUGAUUUGCAUUUUGAACACCCUACAGCCGGCAAUCACCCCACGAAAGAGAAUCUCAUCGAGCACAAGCACAGUCAUUCGGAGGGCUGA